GUGCAGCGCUCCACCAUGGCGGAGCGCAGGGGAAACCGGGACAGGGCAGAGGACGACCUGCCGGUUUAUCUCGCCCGACCCGGCACGGCCGACCAGGUGCCCCGGCAGAAACACGGCGGCUUGUUUUGCAGCGUCGAGGGCGCAUUUGAGAGUAAAACAAUAGACUUUGAUGCCCUGAGCGUUGGCCAGAGGGGCUCCCGCACCCCGAGGACCGCCAGACGAGAGACCGGUCCGGAGGCGCAGAGCCCGGCGAGUGACGACACGAUCUUCCCUGGUGUGGACAGGCGAGGAGGCAACGUCUCUCCUCGGGUUGAGAUCAGGACCAGCGGCAGCAAAGAAGUGCUGCAGGACCUGGGAGAUGAAAAGAGCGACAGGCUUCUGAUCAAAGGAGGGAGGAUCGUGAAUGACGACCAGUCCUUCCAUGCCGAUAUCUACUUGGAAGAUGGCGUCAUUAAGCAGAUCGGCGACAACCUGAUCGUGCCCGGUGGGGUGAAGACCGUCGAGGCCAACGGGAAGAUGGUGAUUCCCGGUGGCAUCGACAUCCACACCCACUUCCAGAUGCCGUACCGGGGAACCACGACCGUGGAUGACUUUGCUCAGGGAACAAAGGCUGCACUUGCCGGGGGCACGACCAUGAUCGUGGACCAUGUGAUCCCAGAACCCGGCUGCAGCCUGAUGGAGGCCUAUGCCCAGUGGAGGCAGUGGGCUGAUGAGAAGACCUGUUGCGACUACUCCCUCCAUGUGGACAUCACCCACUGGAACGACAGCGUAAAGCAGGAGGUGGAUACCCUCAUCAAGGAGAAAGGUGUGAACUCGUUCCAGGUCUACAUGGCUUACAAGGACUAUUACCAGAUGAGCAACAGUGAGCUCUAUGAUGUUUUUUCCUUCCUGGCGGAGAGGGGAGGCAUCGCUGAGGUCCAUGCUGAAAAUGGCGAGAUCAUCGCUGAGGAGCAGGCCCGCAUGCUGGCGAUAGGUAUCACCGGACCAGAGGGACACGUGCUGAGCAGGCCAGAAGAGCUGGAGGCAGAGGCGGUGUUUCGUGCCAUCACCAUCGCCAGCCAGACCAACUGUCCUCUCUAUGUGACCCGAGUCAUGAGCAAGAGUGCCGCUGACAUCAUCUCACAGGCAAGGAAAAAAGGAAAUAUUGUGUUUGGGGAGCCAAUCACAGCCAGCCUGGGGACUGAUGGGACACAUUACUGGAGCAAGAAUUGGGCUAAGGCGGCUUCCUUUGUAACAUCACCUCCUCUCAGCCCUGAUCCCACCACUCCAGACUAUCUGAACACAAUGCUGUCCAGCGGAGACCUGAGUGUGACUGGCAGCGCUCACUGUACCUUCAGCGUGGCCCAGAAGGCGAUUGGCAAGGAUGACUUCACUCAGAUCCCAGAAGGUCUUAACGGAGUGGAGGAGAGGAUGACCCUCAUCUGGGAUAAAGCUGUGACUACAGGUAAGAUGGACGAGAACAUGUUUGUGGCAGUCACCAGCACCAACGCCGCUAAGAUCCUGAACCUGUACCCUCGUAAGGGUCGGAUCGCCGUGGGCUCUGAUGCUGACCUGGUCAUCUGGGACACAGACUCCAUCCGCACCAUCACUGCCAAGACACACAACUCGGCUGCUGAGUACAACGUCUUUGAGGGCAUGGAGCUGCGUGGAGCCCCACAUGUGGUGGUUUGCCAGGGGAAGAUUGUUCUGGAAGAUGGGAACAUGCACGUCAUCUCCGGCGUGGGCCGCUUUAUUCCCUGCUCUCCCUUCCCCGACUUUGCCUACAAGCGUAUUAAAGCCAGGAAGCAGCUGGCAGUCCUGAGGGCAGUACCCAGGGGAAUGUACGACGGCCCCGUGUCUGAAUUCUCCAUAUCCCGUGGUGGCACCCCCUCUGCCUCAGCACGUACCUCUCCCACCAAACAGCCUGUCAGAAACCUGCACCAGUCUGGAUUUAGUCUAACAGGCCCCUCCAUCCCAGAUGAUCUCCCUAUCAGGCCUGCUGGCCGGCGUAUCGUAGUGCCCCCUGGUGGUCGUUCCAACAUCACAUCCCUCAGUUAAACAGCAGGAAGACGAGGGGGUGCGUCCAGAAAACGACAGCAGCCAGAGUGCAGGAGUGAGGGUGGGAGGAAGGGAAGGAGGGAGGGAAAGGGGGAGGGAGGGAGGAGCAGAUGCAGAGGACCAUGAUUAGUUAAAAGAGCCAAACACUGAAUCCUCAUGCCUUACCUGUCACAACGCUACCAUGCUCAGAUGAGAACAGCAUCCCUUUUCCUGGGGAGUUUGUUUUGAAGUGGUUUAGAAUCGCCACUAAAGGAUACCAACAGGAUACCAACAAAGCACAAUACACAUGACCAGUCUUUAGCUUCACUUCUUCUCAGUAUAGAAUACACCACACUACAGUGACAACAUUUUCACUCUGUUAUUUGGCAAUGAGAAACUACACCAGUAAAACUGCAUACCAUCACAUACAAACAAACUCUGCUCUCAAAGGAAAAUGGAUAACGCUUUUCUCAGAUUGAUGCGAUGGUUCUUUCACCCUGUUUGGCUUUCAAUGUCACCCCCUUUUCAGUAGCCUGCUUCCUCCAUAGUCAGCAACACUAGAUCCCACAUUAGCCAUGUUUUAUCAUGCAGUACCAUUGAUUAGCUCUAGAUGGCAUUGUAUAUACGGUAGAUGUAAUGUAGCGUUGUGAGUGAUGUUUGUUGCAGCCCGUUUGGGUUUACUGGACCAAGUAAAAGGUAUUUAUCAAAUCUCAGAGCAGGAGUGCAGUUGGACACGGAGCUGCAUGGGCCACAACAUCAUGGGUGACGUGAUCCAUGAUCCUUUUGCCACCCCCUCUUCCUCUGAGGUGCUUGAUGAAUACCAUCCCCAUGUUGUAUUGAUUGGCUAAUUAUUGAUGUUAUUAAAGGAAGACAGACACAUGAAUAGAAAGGGUUUUAGCAUUCUGUAUCUCCCAAUUUUUUUAAAAAAUGUCCUGCACUCCAUCAUGGCUGUAUUGAACGUUGUAAGAAACCGUCCUUUGCAUUUGCUUCUAGCUUAUUGGCUGCUAAAUGUGCUCAUCCUAAAAUCAUCUUGAAAGCGAAAAAGAGGGGGAAAAAUGUUAACAAAAAAAAAAAGCUGUUCAGAAGAAGUACAAAUACACUCCCUUGAGGGCAAUGAAGAAAACCAGAUGCAAUUAAAUGAAUAAGUGACAAACACCUGCUUUCAGAUAACAGCACUUCACCUCUUGCUUGACUUUUUCAUUCCUGACUAACUGGGCUCUCGUUUUAGAACAAGAGGAAGACCAUCAUUCCCUUGUCAUCCCUACAUAGCCCAUAAUGCCAUUCUGACCAAUGCUAAUUCAACACCAGCCUGAAUAUAACCAUGGGCCCAAGUUAGUUUACGUGAAGCACUCUGGAUCUGAAUGUUCUGAGGGGUGCUUAGAGCUCUUUAUUUCUCUGCUGUAUUCUGGCAACGCAGAGGAUCGCGGUGCAGUAAGGGAAGUGUUUUAUUUGGUUGCUGUGGGGCAGAGUCUGGGGCAGGAACGAGUGGUGGUUUGUUGUAUUUAUGUUAGUUUGACAACCUUUGUUAUUGUUUUUAAUGUUGAUUCUUUUUUACUGUUUUAUCAAAACCCAGAGAUGGCAGGUAAAAAAAUAAGGUGUGUUGUGGAGGUAUGAUUUGUUUCCUGAAUAAACAUGAGUUGCAACUGA